ACAGUUUUGGGUAGGCAGGCGCACAUACAACAUCCGUUUUGUCAGUCAGUCGCCCGCGGGUUUAUAUCCCGUUCGGUCGCGUUAUUAUUUAUCCAAAUUGACAAAUAACAACAUCAACACAGUGAUAAACAACAUUUUUAAAAAAUAACACACAAAAAUUAUUUUAUUAUUUUGUUAAUUAAAUUUUUAUUUAUCUUUCUUGUUUUUCAUCCAAAAAAGUUUUUUAUUAUUCAAUUUUUUUUCAUUUGUUUUUAUUGUUUUUUUAUAUUUUAUUUUUUCAUUUAUUUUUUACCAUGAGUUUUGACAUUUUUGAGGAAUUAUAAAAAAAAACGUUGGCAAAGUGAUGAAUGAAUAAACUAAUUAUUUAUUUAAAACAAAAAAAUUGUGAAAAAUUUUAUGUAUCAUUUAUUUAUUUUUCGAGACAGUUGUUGAUGUGUAUGAUGAAUUUAUUUAUUUUAUUUUUUUGAAUUAAAACAAUAAUUGUGAGUUUAUGAAAGAUCAAGUGAUUAAAUUAGUGGUUUAUUUAAACUUGAGAUUAAAAAUGCAAGUUUUUAUGUGUGAAUUGUGAGAUUAUAAUUAAGUUUUACGAAAAAAGUGGAUAAAAGUAUAAUAAUAGUAGUCUUGAGAGUUUUGUCUCAAAUAUAUUUAUUACUUUAUUCGACAGAGAAGAAAAUCCUUCUUAAGAAAUUUUUUUUUUUUUUUUAAAUCCGAAAUGUUUUACGAGUAUCAUACCAAUAGACCACUUUGAUCUCAAUCCUGGCUUGCACACGGCGAUUAAAUUGUACUUUUCUUUGAGAAAAAAUAUAAGUUACUUUUUCUUUUUUUUUAUAAAAUUUUAGUAUAUUUUUUUCUCUAAUAUCAUUUACCGGUAAAAUAUAUAAAAUUUCACGAGUAAUAUUACUCAUCAUUUUGGAGAACCAAUGAUGGCAGUCUCAUCAGCUAUUUAUCUAGUUCUUUCAUCACAAAUCCUCUUUGGAAUUCUCGUCAACGGUAGCGUUGAGCCAUGGAAAAAAAGUGAAAAAAGUGCUGAAAUUGGUAGUGAAGUUGAAUUACCAUGUAUAUUAAAAAGUCCAAGAUGUGGUGGUCUACACAGUAUUAAAUGGUAUCGUGGUCCUCAGAGAAUUUUUAUAUUCAGUGAAAGUUCUGGUACAACACGUGGUAUUAAUGAUCUUGCUGGUAGAUCGUCAAUGAAUUAUGAUGCAAAUGCAACAAAAACAUUUUUAAAAAUUGAAAAUUUACGUAUUGAAGAUGAGGGUUUAUAUAAAUGUGAAGCAACAUAUCAUGCUGUCAAUCGUGAAUGCAAUAAUGUACAACACAUCACUCUAAAUGUCACAAUAAAACCGAAAUUCAUACGAGUAACAGAAGAGGAUGGGAUGAUGAACCUGACAUCGGGUACAGUGUUGGGUCCAAUGAACGAGGGUACAAUGAUAAUGCUAAACUGUGAGAGCGACGAGGGUAAGCCAGUACCAACUGUCGAGUGGUACAAAGGGGAUCAACGUUUAAAGGCAAUUGGAUCAACUAAGGUACAUGAAACUGGUAUUGGAAGUGGAAGUAGUGUACUACAAUUACAGGUCAGCCGAAACGAAUUAGGCGCCACUUUUGUCUGCAAAGUCAGCAGUCCAGCCCUAACUGAACCCCUCACCACCGACAUCGGUCUUGACGUUCAUGUUCGACCACUGAAAAUGGAUGUCAAGGGUGUGGUUGGACAUGUGGUUAGUGGUACGAAAAUUCUACUUGAAUGUAAAGUAAGUGCAGCUAGACCACCAGCCAAUGUAACAUGGUACAAUGCAACUCAACUACUCGCUGAUGAUAAUGAACGAUUUGAAAUGUUUGAAACAAAAAUUGACGACAAUAGUGAUGGAACAUCUGAGACAAGUAGUUACCUCGCAUUUACUGCAUCUGAAUUUGAUAAUGGUAAGACAUUUAGUUGUUUUGCUGAAAAUUCAGUGACAAUAAUGGAGGGUGUUAAACCAAUGAAAGAAGCAACAACAAUUGAAGUACUAUAUGCACCAAUUGUUAAAAUGUCACCAGUCAAUAUAACAGUCAAUGAAACUGAAGAUUUUGUGAUGAUUUGUGAUUACGAAGCAAAUCCAGCAAGUCUUGUAUCUGUCAAGUGGCUAAGAGAUGGAGAAGAACUUGUGUUAGAUGAUGAACGCUAUGAGGGUGGUGUUACCGAACAAACUUCUUUAACAGUUAAAAAUUCAAGCUCAAUUGACAUGGGAAUAUAUACUUGUAUAUUAUCAAACAGUGUUGGAAAAUCAACAUCCGACGAUGAAAUUAAUGUUUCAAUUUUAUAUAAACCAACAGUACAAGUUAUAGUUGAUCCAAAAUUACCAAUAAAUGAAGCUGAACGUUUAAAUGUAUCAUUGACAUGUGAUGUUGUUACUGGUAAUCCAAUAAAUUUAAAUUCUGUACGUUGGUAUCUUGAUGGUGAUUUAUUAAAAGAAUUACCAGAUUGUUAUAAAAAUUCAACUUUAAAUGAUGAUACAAUGACAUUUUGUGAUAUUGAUCCAAGUAAAUUAUUACUUGAAGCUGUUGGUAGAUCAUUUCAUGGUAAUUAUUCUUGUGAGGGUAGAAAUGAUGCUGGAUGGGGACCAAUAUCAUCAAGUACACCAGUUACUGUUUAUUAUAAACCUGGUCCAGCAACAAUAAAAUAUGAGCCAAAAAGUGUUGUUAAAGGUGGAUCAUUAAAUAUAACAUGUUCAGUUAUUGAUCUUGGUAGACCCCAUGUAACUGGUUACAAAUGGAUACGUGGUAUUCAUAGACUUGCUGAUCAAGAAAAUGCUGUAUUAAGAAUUGAUCCAGUUAAUUUACGAACAAAAGCCAAUUUUACAUGUAUGGCUUACAAUGAUGCUGGUGAUGGUGAUUCAGCAACGACGUUUAUUGACGUAUCUGCUGCGCCGGCAUUUAUACAUCCACUACCUCCAUAUCAUGGAUAUGUUUAUAACGCAGUUAAUGUUAGUAUUGGAUGUCGUGUUGAAUGUUCACCAAUUUGUAAUGUAACAUGGAUAAAAAAUAAUAUACCAAUUGAUUUUUCAAAUACUCAAAGUUAUUAUGUUACAAAUGUUUAUCAUCCAGCUGAUCAGGGUACAAGUGAUUUUGAAAGUAUACAAUCAAAUUUAACAUGGAAUUUAAAUACAUGGACUAAUGGUCAACUUGAUCGUUAUAAAGAUAAUGAUAAUUUUACUUGUGAAAGUAGUGGUAAUGGUAUUGGAAAAGGUGUUACAAGUACAACACAUUUUCAAGUUGAAUUUCCACCAGAAAAUAUGACAAUAUCAAAAAAUGUAAUUGACGUUAUCGUUGAUUAUAUACCAGACAGUGUUAAAUGCAGUGCUGUUGCACAUCCAGAACCAACAUUUCGAUGGUAUCGUGAAGGUUCAACUGAUACAAUAACACAAAGUUCAGUGCUUGUAUUUGAAACAAAAGUACCAAAACGCAGUAAUGGAACGUACAUUUGUGAAGCAAUUAAUAGACAUGGAAGUCAAAAUAUAUCAACUUAUUUAAAUGUUUUAUAUAAACCAGAAUGCCAAAUCAAUAAAGAACAUAUUAAUGGUGAGGAUUAUUUGGUCUGUACAGCAAUUGGUAAUCCCAAGGAAUGUAGUUUCGGUUGGUCAUUGAAAAGUGACAAUGAUUCAAUUGAUCAAAUGGCUGAGAUACGUGAUGGCAAAAGUUAUCUACUUUUAGAUAAUUCUGUUACUAAUUUUCGUACAUACUUAUGCAUCGCCAAUAAUUCAAUUGGUUAUUCAAAUCCGUGUGAACGUGGUGUACCAGCUCGCCGAGGACGUUCGGGAAAUUUACCAUGGUGGUUUCAUCUGGAGGGUGAUUUUCUUAUCAUCGUUAUUAUCGUUGCCACGGUGAUUCUACUUGUUAUCAUUGUCAGUUGCAUUAUAAUUUAUCUGAUUUGUCGAAGGAAACGUAUGCAAGCAAAAUACAGUAGUCGCGUGGUCACACUGGAGGAACGCGAGCAUCCGGAUGGUGGUCCACCAAGUCCAACUGAAUCAACAAGAUCCCAUGAGCAUUGUUCACCAUCAUUACAUCCAAGUCCAGCACCGCGUUGGCCAUUAAAGCCUGGUGUUUUAGUUCACGUCAAUAAAACGCACAGUUUAAGUGCCGGAUUAAGUCCAGUAAAUGUUAGACAGAAUAAUCAAAUACAUACAAAUUUGUCUGGCUGUCCAACUGAUACAAUUGUUGGCAAUCAAUAUCGUUUGGAGAAUGUGGAUAAUAGUACUAUUGUUAGAAGGCCAGUAAGGCCAUUUAGACGUGGUAAAUCUUCAGCAAUAGCACGUGUCUUGAAAGACCACCAUCACCAUCAACAACAACAACAACAACAAGAACAGCAACAAAUACCAACAUUACCAAUAAUUCAUGAUGAGGGUAUGAUUGCUAGGGCUAAUAGAAUAAGAGCAAUGUUUAGUUUACAAUUGAGAGAACCAGUUUCAUUUCCUGGUAUCUCAAGAGACAAAACAGCUGUGACUUACAAGAGAAUUGUACCUCGACAACGGAUGUUGUUGCACAACGACACCCCAUCACUUUCCAUAGAAAGUCGUUUCAACAAAACCAGUGACGACGGCUGUGGUAACGUUAACGCCAACGUCAACACAAAUGCAUCCCGUAAGCGCAAAAAGCCCGGAGCAGAUCCUGGUCAAGGGACUAAUAAUAACCAUGUUGAUAGUGUCUCUGAGGGUUUACCUGAUUCGGAUACAAAAACAUUCUAUGAAAAUCUUCCAUUUCAUGGUAUUCAAAAUCCUCCAAAUAAGUUGAUUUCACCCAAGUUGCCUCGUAUAAUGUCAUUGCAUGGUACAUUGAAUUCAACCACAGUAUCACCAUGUUCAUCAAGACCAUUGAGUAGAGCAACUAGUUUAUGUGAUGCUAGUUCUGGUUAUGAAUCAACAAGAAGUCAUCUUGGACCACAUUAUAGUUAUCACAAUAUGCCAAGAAAUAAUUCACCAGAAUUAAAAUACAAUACACUUAAACCAAGACGUAGAAAACAACAACAAUAUCAUCAUAAACAAACAAAAUUUUAUUCAUUACGUAUUUGUCGUAAGCAUGAUAAAAAACAUAAAAAUUAUCAAUUAUAUGCAAUACCAAUUAGUAAACAAUGUCAACAUAAUAAUACAAACAUAAGUACAAGUACAAUUAAUACUGAUAUGCAAGAAAUAUCUUGUGAUGCUGAUGAAUCAUUGGAUAAUGAAAAGAAAAUAACAACACCAUCACCAACACCAAUACCAACAACUAAUGAAAUUAUAAAUAAUGAUAAUGAUAAUUUGAUACCACCAAUACCAGCACCAAGAACAAUCAAAACAGAUCCAACAAAGCAUACCUAUCAAAAUAUACCACCACCAAUUUAUCCAACUAAAUCAAGACAAAAUAAACUUGCAUCUCAGCCAAAUAAUGUUUACGACUACAAAGAUCAUUAUCAACAAAGUUUAAAACAAAAAAAUGAUUAUAAAAAAUAUGGUUAUGAAUUACCAAGCAGUAGUACAAGUCAAUUAACACUGCCAUUAACUAGAAAUUUAUAUCAUUCAUCAUUAGUUAAUCAUUUACAAACAUCAAUUAUUAAUAAAAAUAGUAAUAUAUGCCAUAAUAAAUCAUAUCGUUCAUCAAAUAGUAUAAAUAAUACAACAAUUAUAAAUAGUAAUAAUAAUGAUUUAUCAAAUGGUCAUAUUAAUGAUACAUUAUCAUUAUCAAUGUUACAUACUAAUAGAAUUGAUUUUGAUUUAACAUAUGAACAUCAAAAAAAUAUAAAUCGUUCAAUAAAUGGACAAAAUGAUAGACGCAAUGAAAGACAUAAAAAAUAUCGUAAACAUGAUAGAAAAACAAAACACAGAAGAUCAUCAUCAUCGCGUGAAACAAGUUUUGGUAAAAUCCAAGAACUUGGUAUACCAGAAAGUUAUAAAAUAUCAUAUCCACAUUAUUAUGAGGAUGAUGGUAACAUUGAUAAUAAUCAAUUAACACAAUUUAAUAUUGAUAAUAAUGAUAUAUUAAUUAAUAAACAAAAAUUAAAUAUUAUUAGUGAUAAUUAUCGUGAUACUAAUAAUCAUGGAACAUCAACAAUUGUUGGAGAAUGUGCUGAUAUUGAUUUUCGUGAUGUUGGUCAGGAAAUUGAUGUCUGAUAUGCCAUUUAAACCGGAAUUUACGGAUUUGGAUUACGCAGAUGUUGACUACAGAUCGUAUGGGCCAAUAAACUACAAAGCAGCUAGCAUUGCAUUACUUCAAACACGUAAACAACC